UUUUAAUUUCAAUUUUUAAAAAAUUUGUUGAGGUUUGCAUUAUGGCCAGAAUAUAGUCAUUCUUUUUUAAAAAGAGAGUAUAUUCUUCUGAUGUUGGGAAGAAUGUUCUAUAAAUGUUAAUUAGCCCAAGGUGGUUGAUAGUGCUGUUCAGGUUUUCUGUGUCCUGUAUUCAGGAUGGUAGUGACAUUAGGUGGUGAUCAUAGUUGGAUGGUAGGUUAUGGUUUACUUUAGGUAGUGGGUUUAAUUAGUGUGUUAUGAACCAAGGACUUUGAUUACUAUAACUAAGAAAACGGAGAAGAAAGUACUUAAUUUUUGUUUUUAGAGCUUUGAGUUUUUCACUUCCUAAUGAGGAACUAACUACUUAAUUUGGAGCCUGAAAGAAGAAGGAAUUUUCUUGACCUUGGGCCCUAAGUUUCCUAAAAGGGCCGGUAAACAAGAGUGAGCUUGAGGAGUUAGAGGAAAAGAAAAAAAGUUGCCAUGGCUGAAGGGUAGUGAGCCAGAGGGAAAAUAGAGGAAGGUGAAGUUAGAGAGGUGGGCAGGGCCUGCUCAUGUCCAACCUGUAGGCCAGGAUAAGGAGUUUGGAUUUUAUUCUGAGUGUCAUAGGAAGCCAUCAGAGAGCUUUGAGUAAGAGAGUGACAAGAUCUAACCUACAUUUUUAAAAAAUCACUGUGCCUGCGAUGGAAGGGCACUAUAGAUGGGCAAGAGAGGACUUGGGUUAGCCAAGGAGCGGUUGUUGCAAUAAUACAGAUAAGGGAUUGUAAGUAGUUACAUUCGAGGUGGAGAGAUGUCUUAAGAUUCAGGGUAUAAUUUGGAGUUAGACUGUGAAAGAGAGAGCAAAAUCAUUGACAUCGCCAUCAUCACCACCACCACUGUCUCUAACUGGUGUUGAGUCCUAUUUAGGUGCCAGGAGUAGGACUUCACAUGCAUAAUUUCUUUUAAUGCCCCAACAACUCCUAUGUGGUAGGUGCUAUUAUUAGCCUCAUUUUGCAGAAAGGAAAUUGAGACUUAAAGAAGUUAACUUGCUUAACCAGAACAUGUUUGUUGGUUUUCAGAUUAGUUAUAAGGCAGAAUUUUGAUUUUUAAUGAGUUUAGAAAAGCUUUUAAUGAAUGUUAAGUAAAUAAGGUACUUAUUGAAUGAAAGUAAUUUUCUAGACAGCAAAACACCAGGAAAACUAAGAGAUGUCGUUGCUAAGAUUAAGGUGUUCUUGCUGUAAGUUGUAACCUGAUAUCCAUGGGUUACUAGAGAUAUAUGAAAACAUAGAUACUUUGUCACAGAAGAAUCCUAUUUGGUCAUUAUUGAAAUGUUGGGGGAGUGGAGGCAGGAAGGAGAACAGGUUUUCCUCUUUCUUAGUAAUUCCUUCCAAGAAAAAGGAGUUAAAUUAGUGUAACUCCUUGUUUCUCUGCCAAUUUACUCUUUCCAGGCCAGGUGAGGAGGGGUGACAUCUGUGGCAAAUUUGGGAAAAAUGGUCUAGGCAUGUUCAGCUCUUCGUUCUUUCCUUUGUCAACUGAAAUAAGCAGUCUAGUUAAAGGUUAAAUGAAGGAAUUUAUUCGAUAAUCAAAGUGAGGAACUCAAGUCCCAGGAAACAGUCCAACAGAGUAUUCUGAGGAACUGCUCUGAGGUCUACAGUUUUGUGGGGUUUUUCUACUUGAGGAAGAUUAGCCCUGAGUUAACAUCUGUGUCAAUCCUCCUCUAUUUUUUUUCGUGUGGGACACCUCCACAGCAUGGCUGGUAAACGGAGUAGGUCUGUGCCCAGGAUCCAAAUUUGUGAACCUGGGAUCCCGAAGUGGAGCACGCAGAACGUUAACCACUCAGCCACCAGGCCAGGCCCUGACGUCUACAGAUUUGAGUGCAGUUUGUAUACUUUUUAACGAAGCAGUGUUCGUGCAAGAAUUGGCUUACACACCUAAUAGCCAUCUACUUCUAGGAUAACAAGAACUUUUGAUUAUACAUCAAACAAGGCUUGUAAUGUUGGUGUUAUUUGUGUAUGGAGGGAGGCAAGGACCAGGGUCCUUACUUUUUCCUUCAAACUCUAAGAAAUGUUGCUGGGAAGUGUGAGCGAGUUACCCUUUAUCUUGUCUGGUUGUGGAUCCAUCCAGCUGGGGGCUUCAGUCAUGAGGUGAGGGGUUGCAGAGUCAUUCUAACACAAGCUUAUGAGGCCUGCAUGACUGCUUCACAGUACGGAAUGGAUUUUUAUUGUACCAACUUUAAGCCUAUACAGCUUGCUUGCUAGAUUUGCCUGUUAGACCAGGGAGAGGGGUCUCGAAAGUUUGUUCACCCGUUUUUGGGACCCAGCCUGCCCACAGAGCCUGCAUUUCCCCCUAUUUCUCCUGGGACAGGACUCUCUUCCCUAUUGAGAGCCCAGGGCUGCCAUGAUAGGCUGCCAUGUCUGUUUUCUGGGGACAGGGGUUCAAUUACAAUACAUUUUGCUCCUGCACUAAGCUUUGUCCUCCAUCCUGGCCUUUCUCAGUAAUAAAGGUGUUAUUUGGGCCUACAUUUGUCCACUCCGAUGAUGCAGAAAGGUGGUAUUAUUUGACUUCUCUCAGAGCCCCCCAACUAGGAAGAAAGAUUGGUCUUCAUAAAUUAGAUCAGUUAUCAAAGAGAUUUAGAUCAAGGGUGGUGCUGAUUCUUUGCACGGUAUCGGGGAGAAGUUAGCUUUUGGGGAGGAACAGCCAACGGUUUCAACAAUGUUGACAACUGAUAUUGGAGCAUUUAGAAGGGUUAGAAAUGAUUCCUAGUGCUUUAGCUAUAAAAAUUGAGGCAUUAGUUGCUAUGGAAAUGUGACAAGUUAAAAUAACAGCUUUAAGUGAGAAAGAAGCAGCAGUAAGAGUCAGACUGGUGAUUGCAUGCUCUGUAUAACUACUACUGAUGAAUGCUGAGUGCUUCAUUUUACCUGAUUAAAUUAUUUAACACAAUUUUUCCUUUAUCUAAAAUGAAUGAGAUUGGUUAUCCUCUCAGUAUAGCUACCUUUUGGUGUAGUGAUUAUUUCUUCUCAUAUCUGUUCCAAGGUGGAACUAAAGAAAUAUGCGUGUAUUGCCAUAUAAUCUUACUAAUAUUCAGGACUGUUGUUUAAAAUCUUUGUUAUUGUAAUUAAACCUCUGUGUAGGAUCUAGGGGGAAUUGACAAUGCUGUUCUUUGAUGCCCUUUGUGAAGUUCCCGGAAGGGAGUUGUCAUUUUAAUAUGCAUAUUAAAAGUUAUUCUCCAGGUGUUCUCUCACUUGGCUGAGAACCAAACAGAAAAUAGGCUUCUCUUUCAGCAGGGACCUUUGAGUUAUAAGAAAUGAAAGAUAAUUUUUCUCACUAGGAAAAGAAAGAUAAUUUUCUUCACUCAAUGGAAAAAUAAGUUUUAGAAUUUCAUUCCCUGGAGAGGUUUGUGAAUCUGGUGGAUGGGCCAGACCUGUGCUGUCUGUGGGUUCAGUGGAGACCAGUUGAUCUUUUGUGGUGGGCAGUGGCUGGGGGCCACUCUUUAAGCCUGUGCAUUCCACAGUAAAAUGAAGAUUUACCAGGAUGACUUAUAGAUUAUUUAAAUGUAAUAACUUGUAAAUUAUUAUAACAUAUAAAUGUAAAAGCUCCUAUAAAAGUAGAUGUGCAAAAUUGUGAUUAUUUUAUAUUACUAAGACUUUAUUUCUUAAAGGACUUUAAAUAAGGUAAAAUGAAUUUUUUUCCUUACAUUGAAAGAAAAAAGAACAAGAGAGAAAAAGGAGUGAGAAAAUGGAGGAGAAGAAGAAGAAAAGAAGAAGUCAAGGGUUCUUGGAUAAUAUAGCUACACAAAGGACAGGAGUAAUCUUUCCAUUGAUUUAAAACAUUACUUUUUGAUCCUGUUGGUUCCAUUAGUCAUUACUGAUUAUCAAGAUUACUCAAAUGAAUGGAUCUGUUACCAGUUCAUAGCCUUGCUUGAGACUCAACUCCUGCUGUCCAGACCUGAGUUGCUACUUGAAGUUCCACAGAAUUGGAAGGACAGAAAGAUGAGGAAACUAGGCUCAGGAGGAAAAAUAACUUGCCUAAUAUCAGAUAGUUGGAAGAGCUGGCACUGGGAAUGCUCUUGAGUGCUGUCUGACUCGGAAGUCGGUGUUCUUUACCAUUAUGUUCCAUGCCUCUCAGCAAAUGGAGUCAUGAAUUCAACAGGAAACUCUGAACUAGGACACGUAUGUAAAAGUAGCUAAGUUCCAGAGAUUUUUACUCUUAUUCACCUGAAAAAUGCACGUAAUAAUGUAUACUUCAUAGAUUUUGAGAAUUUAAUAGCUUCCUGAAAAGCAGUGUGAGAUUUUUAUUGUUAUAUGAGUAUUAAAACAAUACCAAUUUUUCUCUAAAAAUCUGCUCCCUAAUAACCUUUCAUUAUAAAUAAUCAAACAACUUAAAUAGACCCAUGGUUUCACUCUAUGCUCUAAUUUGAGCAGUAUCAGGCCCCUCCUUCUGCCCUCUCCCACACGUAAUACAUCCUGGGAAAGCUGUCCUCUGAUUGGUUGACUAUGUUGUCAGUCACAUGGCGUGAAACUACUGCCUCUGCUCUGUUUGCAUUUAUGAAUUAACAGAUGUGCUUUGUUUGAAGAAACUGAUUCAUUUCUUGAUGGGAAGAAAAAUCUUGUUCAGUUUUUCACUUAUUUUUUUAUGUAUGGGAUUAUCACUAACUUUGGACCAGAUACUUGCCAGGAAGAAUGUAAGUUUCAGCUCUCAAACAUCUUCAGAUAAAGAAGUGGUUGUCAACAGUGAUCAACAGAAUAAUGGAGAUAUGAAACCAAUUCAGAAUUUCACAGCAAUACCAAUGACACAGGCUCUCAACUGCAAUCUGAGCAGACAAGGACAUUUAGAGAAAGAACAUUGGAAUGCAUUCAGCCGUCAUAGCCCAGUGAACGUCUCCAUGGAUGGAGUUCCCUGCAUUCUCUUCUGGGCCAAAAGAAUAACAAUUAAAUUUAAGAAUCAGACUCAGCUGGACCUUACGGAUGAAGCUUUUGGCCAGAAGGCAACAGUGGAUGCUGGCAACUCAAAUUGCAGAGAAGAAAGUGCCACGUUGUCUCUGAAGUUUGAUGAUGCUCAAAAUCCCAAAGGUCUUGAUGUAAGAUUCACCCUUAUCAAUUACAACAAGUUGUCCAUCCAGGGCUGGUUUAGUUUGCACCGAGUCGAGAUUAUUUUCAAUAAUUCCAUCCAAGCAACCUUCAAUGCAACUGGCAUAUAUGCUCCGUCACGUUAUUCCUACCACUGCCAGCGCGUCAGCAGCCUGCAGCGGUACGAUGCCCUCUUGGUGCCCAGCGACACGGAUGAUACGUCAAGCCUGUGGGAGGUCACUUUUGUUGAUUUCCAGAUCCAAGGCUUUACCAUCAAGGGGGGACAGUUUGCCAAGGCCCGAGACUGCGCCUCUGCCCUCUCCCCAGCCAUUCUGAUGGGCCUGGCGAUGUCGCUGAUCCUGCUGCUGGUGCUGGCCUACGCCCUGCACAUGCUCGUCUACCUGCGGUAUCUGGAGCGGCACUACGACGUCAUCGCGUCUCCGGCCCACCUCCCCCGGCUGCGAGCCCGAGACGCAGCAGAAGAGAAGGAGCUGCUGCGGAGCCAGGCAGUCGAGCGCUGCGAACUGAGGAGCCAGCAGAUCGGCAAAAUUUACGUCUAACAGCGCGGGCCCCUCCCUCAUAAAGUCCCUGGUGGGCUCGGAAAGGAGUUGUUUCUGUUCUGUGCUGUUUGACUUGUGGUAUAAGGUUUUCACGGAAUGGUUUGAUUAAAAAAAAAUUAAAGAAAGGAAAAUACGUAAUGAA